AUACUGCCCAGUCUAUUGCCCUUUUGCACGCCAUACUAUGCCUAUGUUACAGUUCGCGCCCAUCCACUCGUUCGUGGAUUCUUCCUUCUUCACGAAGCUAUCGGACUUGAAGCUCAACCAUCUUAGGCUUGACUCUUCAAGGGUGGAUAUCCUCGGCAACACCAACUUUCGAUCUCUCCAACCUCAGCAACCCCCCAGCCUCAACUUAAGCUCAAGCAGCUUCGAAUCCAGGGAAUCGUACGAGGAGGCACUUCCACUGCGGUCCAACUUCUUCCAGCAAGGGCACGUAUACAAUGUGAACACCAUCGAGGAGUUCAAGAGCACAGACAAGGCAAAAUUCCUCAGAGAUGCCGGGAUGGAGAUUCUAGCCCAUAUCCAGGAUGGCUCCGCCCUCCAGAGCACGGUGACGCCCUUCUCGGUGCUUGUGUUCUCUGAUUUGAAGAAGUACAAGUUCUACUACUGGCUUGCCUUUCCUGCACUCGCAAGUGAGUGGACAUACGAGAAGCAAAGCGUCGAUGAAGAACUUAUCAAUGCGAUUCAACAGAGGGACGAUUUGCCAGAGCUUUUCCUCUUCAAUGGUUCCCAGAUCCAGCCGUUACUGACGCUCCAGAGCACCCAUGGCUCUGUCACACACUCUAGCUCUUCCACUUUGAGGGAUAUCACGGUUGGCUUUGUGGACACCAGUUCGAUCGACGGGGUGCCUUCCUGGAACCUUCGAAACUACCUCUUCCUCCUAGCUACGUACGGGUACACACGGGUGAAUGUCUGCAUCCACCGAGCUAAUCCGAAAGCUUCCUUUAUGUUGCGCUUAUCCCUCAACGAAGCGUCCUUUGACCCUACGAAUGUCAAAGUGACUGGUUGGGAGCGAACGAGCCAAAAUAAGCUUGGGCCGAAAGUGGCGGAUCUUGGCUCAUUGAUCGACCCUAUCCAGCUUGCCGACCAGGCUGUUGACUUGAACCUCAAGUUGAUGAAGUGGCGAAUUGCGCCAGAGCUCGAUCUUGACGUGAUGAAGGCCACCAAGUGCUUGUUGCUCGGUGCUGGCACGCUAGGUUCUUAUGUAUCGCGUGCGCUUCUCGGUUGGGGGUUCCGUGACAUCACUUUGGUGGAUAAUGGAAAAGUAUCGUUUUCUAAUCCCGUCAGACAGCCAUUGUUCGAGUUUGCUGACUGUGUGGAUGGAGGUAAGCCUAAGGCAGAGGCUGCUGCUGCUGCGUUGAAGCGAAUCUUUCCACUAGCCAACGCUCAGGGGUAUGAGUUGGAGGUACCAAUGGUGGGUCAUCCGCUCACGAACGAAGCCACCCAAGAACGUGACUACAAGACAUUAGUGGACUUGAUUGAGGCGCAUGAUGUGAUUUUUUUGUUGAUGGACUCGAGAGAAACCCGCUGGUUGCCCACCAUCAUCGGUAAUGUCAAGCAGAAAAUUGUCAUCAACGCGGCUCUCGGGUUUGAUAGCUACCUUGUGAUGCGUCAUGGCAGCUUCAGAAACGAGGAGACAGAGAGAUUGGGAUGCUACUUCUGUAAUGACGUGGUAGCGCCAAACGACAGUCUCACGGACCGAACGUUGGACCAAAUGUGCACCGUCACUAGGCCUGGCGUGGCAAUGAUUGCCUCAGCUCUCGCAGUGGAAGUCUUGGUUUCGCUUCUUCAACAUAAAGACAGACAGUAUACCACCAACGGCCAGACGAUUCUUGGCGCCGUUCCCCACCAGAUCAGGGGAUUUUUGCACAGCUUUGAGAACAUUAAGUUGACGACCGCCAAUUAUCCACACUGCUCAGCCUGUUCGGUACCUAUCUUACAGAAAUACGAGCAAGAGGGCUGGGACUUUGUCAAGACGUGUCUCAACAACUAUAAGUAUGUGGAAGACGUUAGUGGGUUGACGGAGGUUCAGCGGCAGGCUGAAGCCGCGGUUUUGGCCAUGGAGGAGCUCAAUCUCAGCGAUGACGAUGAUUCUGAGUGGCGUUAGUUGGACUGUUGGUUUUAUUCGAAUUGAGAGUCUUGAUGGAGAGUAUUUUAUAUCGAACUUUAAUUAUGAUUAAGAAAUUCACCAACGUACGUGUGCCACAUAACGUGCCAGAAAAGUGAGUUUAUAAAGUUUAUACCACUUGCAGUAAUUUUAUAUGUAUCAUUGAACUGCUAUCUUUCGUUAUAUAAAUGUAUCGAG